AUGACGAAUUAUUCGAGCAUCUCUGAUGGAAACGCAAAUUCAAUUGCGUCUGGAAGCUCCGGCGAAAUGUCACGACAACGCCGAAGAAAUGGAAAGGAGGGCGGAGGCCAGGCCUCCAUGGUGAGCAGUGUCAUCAACCUGCUCAAUACAAUUGUCGGUGCGGGAACAUUGGCGAUGCCUUCCGUGGUGUCGCACAUGGGAAUAAUGCUCGGAUCCUUCUUGAUAGUCUGGUCCGGCAUCACGGCUGCAUUCGGGCUCUACCUACAAUCUCGCUGCGCGCGCUACCUUGACCGCGGAACCUCGUCCUUCUUUGCGAUAUCCAAGAUUACCUACCCGAACGCUGCCAUCAUUUUUGAUACCGCCAUUGCGAUAAAAUGCUUUGGCGUCGGCGUCUCCUAUAUGAUCAUCAUCGGCGACCUGAUGCCCAAGGUCUGCCUGGGGCUGUUCAGCGGCUUGGCUGAGACGAGACCAUACCUUGGCGAGAGGAACUUCUACAUUACCCUCUUCAUGCUGAUCAUCAUUCCGCUGAGUUUCCUUAAGCGACUGGACUCGCUCAAGUACACCAGUGUCGUUGCGCUGGUGUCCAUUGGAUACCUGAUUGUAUUGGUCGUCUAUCACUUUGCCGAUAGUCCCCUCAAGGAUACCAGCCAGAUCAGGGUUGUGAAGCCCGAGAGCACUGUCGCAGUGCUAAGCACUCUGCCGGUGGUAGUCUUCGCGUACACUUGCCAUCAGAACAUGUUCUCCAUCUUGAACGAGAUCAAGGACAACUCGCCUGGCAGCAUUAUCGGCGUUGUUGGAUCCAGCAUCGGCUCUGCCGCCAGCAUUUAUAUCCUCGUCGCUAUUACUGGCUACCUCACCUUUGGCAACGCCGUUACGGGCAACAUUGUCCAGAUGUACUCCGCGAGUCUUGCUUCUUACAUUGGCCAAUUGGCCAUUGUCAUCCUCGUUACUUUCUCGGUCCCCUUGCAGGUUCACCCCUGCCGCGCCUCCAUCGAUGCUAUCCUGAAAUGGCGUCCCAACCGAGCCGCCAACGGAAACGGCCGGUCGACCUCUCCCGGCGGCCGUCCUCUUCUGCCGUCCUCGGCAUCCAUCCGAUCGGACCACGGAUCUACUUCUUCCAUGAGCGACAUUCGCUUUGCACUGCUCACCAGCAUUAUUCUCGUUUUGUCUUAUAUCACGGCCCUCUCGGUUCACAGCCUUGAGAGAGUGCUUGCCUAUGUUGGCAGCACCGGCUCUACCAGUAUCAGCUUCAUCCUCCCGGGUCUCUUUUACUACAAGAUCAGCGACCCCGACAGCGUCCACCAGCAGCGCCUUCACAAGGAAGACGACGACGCCGAUAUCCCCUCAGACGAGGAGGACGAGGCCACCAUGAUCAACAGCAUCGCCAGCCUCGGCAGCGCGGCGAGCGUCGUCAUUAACCCCCGCAAGUGGAAUCGUAAGUGGCGCUGGGACCUUGAGCACAUCGAGCAGGACUUGCUCCGCAAGCUUGCAUUGGCGCUGGCCAUCUACGGCCUCUGCGUCAUGGUUGUCUGCCUCAUUAUGAACAUUGUGUUCCACGUAUCGCAUUGA